GUGCUUUUUCACGGUGGAAUCCAAGCACGAUGGCGCAGCCGAGCGGCGACGACGCCCAGUUCUGCGACGACUUGAGGUUUGCGAUUGCCCAGCUUGAACCCGACGCGUUGGAAGGCAAGAGCACGCAAGAAAUCCAGUGCCUGGCCGAUGUGUAUUCGAUCUUUGGUUACGGUGCAGACGACAUUGUGGAUAAACGCGACCAGAUCGUCAUGUUCACGAAGAUCCGCACGGAAAUGAUGGGCGUGUUGCGUCAAAUGACGACGAAAGGCCGGUAUGCCCCCGCGAUCGUACUACGAGACCGACUCCGGCUCAUCCGACGUGAAUUCAUCCAACUCCAGCAGACCUACGAAAAGCGGCGACAAGACGAAGAAGGCGACCACUUUCUCGACGCGAUUACGCUCGUUCGCGCGCAACACGACUCUAAGUGGGUUCAAAGGCACGUCGACGUCGACACAAAUUGCGACUGGCGCCGCGAAGACUUGGCCAAAUCCCAUGCGAUUCAAACGAGGCAGCUGGAAGACUACCUCGACCGCAUUCACGAACCAAUGGUCAAGUUUUCAAAGACCCUUCUCGACCUCAAAACGUCCGAGCGCAACCUGUCCAAGCUGCAACUGUACGAACAGGCCAAGAGCGUGUACGCACGCGCCGAUGCGAUCGAAAAACUCGAGCGCGCCAAGAACGCACAGGAGUUUCAACGGUUCAAGCAAAAACAGCGAGAAGACUUGCGGAUCAAACAGCACGCAGAACGAAAGCAACUCGAGGAGGCGCUGACGGACAAGCAGUACGCAACGCUGCGGGCCAAGGAAUGGGACACAAAGAGGGAAUCACAACGAGUGAAGAAUCUGAAGCGAGACAUGCAUCACGCCCAUGCCCUGGACCAACACAAGCCACCAGAGUUUACGACACACCCGCUUGUCGCUCCACGCGAACAUAUAAAGCAGACGUCGAGCACAUUCGGUGGCCAGCAUUUCCUUGGCCGUGUGCGUGGCGAGCGGCUCCAAGUGCAGAGCCUUUGUGCACUACAUGAUGCAGAGGAUUCGGUCCCGUCCGACGCAGUCGUGUAUUCUUGAUCGAGACAACAUCCUGCUGGGAAUUGCAAUGCUCGAAACUUUCAAAUGACAAUCCGCUCUACCGUGA